AUGGCAGACAAAUCACCAUACACACCUCGCACUCCUAGUACACCUUCAUAUUAUAAAGAAACUGAAUUUUCUAAUGAAUUCAUCAACAGUUUAAUAAAUUCAAAUGAUGUCUACAAGGAUGCCAAUAGACUUUUACGGGAGACCAUGAGCCAAUAUCACUUACAACUUACAGCUUUAAGAAAAGACCUUCAAAUAGCGGGAUUAGAAUUUGAAACUGAGAAACGAAAAAAAAAUCUACUUGAGAGUGAUCUACAAUUAACGAAAGAACAAUUGAAAAAAUAUGAAAUGGAGAUAAAUUCACUAGAGGAACAAAAUAGAUUUUUUUCAG